AUGCCAACCACCCCUCCGCCAAAUUCUCUGCUGUCAAAGGUUGCCCUAGUCACAGGUGGCUCGCACGGCAUCGGCGCCGCAACGGUCACCCGCCUCAACGGCUCUGGCGCAACGGUGAUAAUCGUGGAUCUAGCAUCAACAGCACACAGCGCACAGGAGUUGAUUAAUUCCUUGCCCUGCCCGUCAAGAUCAUGUUUCAUGCCCGCUGAUAUUAGAGAUUGGGCUGAGCUGCGUAGCGUGUUUCAAUCCGUGCAGCAGCGGUAUCAGCGACUUGAUUUUGUGGUGGCUAAUGCGGGCACUAUGGAGCACGAGCCGAUCCUACAGGAUAGCUAUGAUUCAAAUGGGAUGCUGGAGGAACCCGCCGAGGCGUAUCGGACGAUCGAUGUGAAUCUGAAGGGGACCUUGAACACGCUCAAACUCGCCAUCCACUACUUAAAGUCCUCGCCACCCGAUAGCCCUCGCUCUAUCGUUCUCAUCGCCUCAACAGCGGGGUAUUUCGACGGCGCAGGGACGCUUGCAUAUACGGCGUCCAAGCACGGGGUAGUGGGCCUCCUUCGGGCCUCGCAGACUGAGGCAGAGAAGCAUAAUAUUUGCGUGAAUGCCAUUGCGCCGUUCUUCACGACUACGCAUUUGACCUCGGGCAUCUCAGAUGCGUGGCUGCGAGCCGGUCUCGAGGUGAACACACCGGAUACUGUUGCGGAAUCGAUAGAGGCGACGCUGCUCUCGACAGAGUCAGGGCAGGGAUUGUUGAUAUCUGGUAAGUAUAUUCGCGAAUUGGAGCGCACAAGACUAGGGCUUUUGUCCUCGUGGGUAGGGGAUGAUGUAGCUCAGUAUAUGGGGCGAGCAGGCGAUUUCUUCACUACCCUCGGCGGAUAUAUCCUGCCCAAGCCUCGCAACAAUUAA